UUGUCUCCAUCUCCAUUCUCAGCACUCGUUGUUGCUUAUCCCCUUCCCUUCCUCCAUAAAUAGGCCGCUCAUUUUAGUUAUUUUUUCGUCGUUCACUGAUUCCACAUCUCACCCAAACCGCAGCUGAGCUGAUUUUGAAGAAAUUAGGGUUUAUUGGUGGGCGGAGAUUCAUAUUUGCUCCAUCGAUUUGUUGAAGCCAGCGAUAUUUUCGAAUCAAUUAUGACUCUGCACAUCAAGAAAUUGGCGACGUCGCCUUCUCGAUCGGGCAGGCAUUUGCAGCGCUACAAUCAAGGGUUUCGUCAGGUCGUCGGGUGUGUUCCGUACAGAAUCAAAGCUGAGAAAUCAGCAGAAAUUGAUGAGAUUUCGAUUGAAGAUUUGGAAGUCCUUUUGAUAAGCUCUCAGAAGAGUUCAAGAAUGAUGUUCCCUAAGGGUGGUUGGGAACUCGACGAGGAUAUCGGAUUGGCCGCCUCCCGGGAGACGUUAGAGGAAGCCGGCGUAGUUGGCUUGCUCGGGGACAAAUUAGGCGAAUGGAUUUUCAAGAGUAGAAGCCAAGAGAAGCAACACGAAGCAUCGAUGUUUUCCUUAUUGGUGAAGGAGGAAUUGGAAGUAUGGCCGGAGAAAGAUGUCCGCCAUCGUGUUUGGAUGACGAUAGACGAAGCCCGCGAACUAUGCUCGCAUUUAUGGAUGAAGGAAGCAUUGGAAGCCUUCGUUCGCCAGUUCGCAAACGGACAAACGAUAAAAGAAGAGUCUUUGGCUUCUUGCGGAUUCGAUGAAUUAAGACUUAGCAUUGGGGAGCCGAGCUCGGAUGAAGAGGAUUGUUAUUUGGUUCGGUGACGGGAAAUUAGUGACAGGUACAAUGAAUUCGAUUAUCCAAUUUUUGUCUCUUUUUUUCACAUCGGAUCGAUGAAUUGAGACGAAGAGAUGGUUUGUAGGGUAGAUAUUCGGAUGAAUAAGUAGUUCGGGGGCGUCGUCGGGAUCGGGAUUCUUUUAUUCGUUGAUUCUUUUUAGUUGUGUAGGUAGAAACAUCCAAGAAUGUGUAUAUUGCAAACCAUUGUUGAAAAAUUUGCAGUGGUUUCUUUUUAUUCUAAGGAUUUCUAAGAAUUUUUUGACUUGUAAGUUGUCUCCUGCUGAUCAAUGUGGAAUUUGAUGCUGUUUGCAUA